AUGCAAGUUGCGGAGCAGGCACCACUGAUGCCUGAAGUGCGGGCUGUGCAGGAGCAGGCUGCAAAGCCAGGCUCAACGGCUGAAGAGGGACGUGGAGGGCAGCUGCUUGCGGAUGGCGGUGGACACCUGCUGAAGUGGUUGAGGGAGCACCAGCAAAGCCAGGAAUUGAACCAUUUCAGGCCGGAGCUCCCCAAUGGCAGGCAAGUCAACGAGGUACAAAAUGAUGGUGCAAACGACCAGAGCUUCUUAAGGCAAUGGCUUCAAAAGCGACAAGCUCCUUCAAGCUACACAGGGCCCCCAUUGCAGAGCCGUGUGGCAGAGAGGACCCCCGUGGACCUCGAAGUGACACGGCUGCCGGAGACGGAUGUCACCUGGUUGGCGCCGAGCCGGGAGCUGACCCGAGGUGAGGUCUACCGAGCGGAGGAGGCGUCCAUCAGGCUGGCGGUUCCUUCGGGCGGUGAACAGUUCAGGUCCACACAAGCCGUGCCAAGCUUUCCGGCACAGGAAUUCAGGCCCAGCUCCUACAUGCCUCUCUCCGCGCAAGGAGACUCCAGGCUGGGCCCGACCGGUGCUGUCUUGGGCUCCAUCCGUUCCAAGUCAUUUGGAGGUGUGGAGCGGAGGCAGACCAUGGCCGCGAAGCCGGAACCGAGACAUGGAGAUCUCAGUCCUGGUCGUGGACCAGGUGACAGCUUGCGCUUGAUGGCUCCUUUAACCCCUGGAGGUCAUGGUUUGGUGGCCCCCUUGGCCGAACACUUGCAGCAUCAAGGCUUUGGCGGUGGCACACCUGUGUCUAAGCCUGAUCCACUGACCAUGGCCAAUGCGCUGACAACGAUCAACAGCCUACCUCAGGGCGGCUGGCAGCAAAGCUCGCAGCAUGGCAGCCAUCAGCUUCAGGCUGAUGCUUUCCAGAGGCCGCAUGCGCUGAGCCAGCGACAGGCUUUGGGAGGAUUGCCGAACCCUGCCACCGACUUCUUCAGUCCGCUGAAUAACAAUCUCUUUGGUGCUAGUGCUUUGGGAUCGACGCGGCCUUUCAGUCUUGGAGGACCUUGUGGUGCUGAUUCCUCUGCGCUCAAGCCGGCGCCGGCUCUGAUACCUUCUCUAGACGAGGAGAUGCGGCGCUUCGAGCCGCCGCCUCCGCCGCGGAGUGCGCCGUCCUUGCAGUUCUCAGAAGAGCCCCUGCGAGAGCUUUUGCGGGAGCCUCCGCGAGAGAUUCUUCGGGAACCACCUCGGCGUCACCCCGAGUGGGAAGAGCUACGACCAGGUUUCGGCGUCACCCAGAACAUGGGCACACUUCCUCGCGAACUCUCCGGCUUGAAGCCUCAAGGUUUGAGAUGUGAGCUCAAGGUCCGCACGUCGGAGAGCCAUUGGGAGAGCCUACGCUUUUCUGCAGGUGACGACCUGGAUUGGAAGGCGCAGGAGUUUGUCCAACGUUGCGGCCUGAAGCAUGCCUUUUUGCCGGGUGUGGUGGCCAGACUCAAGCAGAUGGUCUCCAUCCAGCAGGAAUAUGCCUGCGUCGACAUUGUGGACCUGAUCUAA